AUGAUCAAAGGAACACAAACACCCAUAAAUAAGGAGGAAUUAAAAAAAUUAAAUCAAAUUUUAGAAUAACUUAUAGAUUCAAAUGAUAGUUUAGAAUUUCGAUCACCUGUUGACCAUAAAACUCUUGGUUUGCAUGAUUAUUUGAUAGUAAUAAAAAAACCUAUGGACUUGGGUACGUGUUCGAAAAAAUUAUAAAAUUCAGAAUACAAAUAUGUAGAAGAAUGCUUAGAUGAUAUUUAAAAAAUAUGGGACAAUUGCAAGUUGUAUAAUGGUCCUUCUAGUGUAAUUAUCCAUUUUAUUCUAGUGGAUUACUAAAUUAUCUGAGAAACUUGAAAAAUCUUUUAAAAAAUAUGUUAAAAAUUAUCUCCCAUUAGUUAAUUUGCCUUAAAGCUCAGUAAAAGUGAAAAAGAUUACUGAAGAAAGUGGUGUAUAAGAGGACACUUAAUAAACUAUUUCACAUAAUGAGAAGGUAGAAUUUUCAAACAAUUUAAAAUAAUUAAAUCCUGAUUAGAUUGGUGGAAUAGUUUAGAUAAUAUAAGCUAAUAGUCCAAGUGCCUUUGUUGUAGUCAAUAAAGAGCGAUUUUAGAUCAUAAUAGAUAAUAUUGAUUUUGAUACUUUUGUAAAAUGUUAGAAUUAAAUUUAAUCUUGGAUGACUGGAGAAGAGGUUAAUAAGAAGGUUAAAAUAUGA